UUGCUGCUCAGCGCUUAUACCAUUUGAGCAGUAGCUCAUUGAUUUUAAUCUAUUUUAAGGGCAUUCAAAAAGUUUGUAAUAAGACAAAAGAGAUAGAGAGAGAAAGAGAAAAGGGUGGCAUUAGAGUUUCUUAAUUACUCUCUAAUAACCCUUUAAUUAUUUAUUAAUUAUAUUUACCAGUUUAUCAAGAAUGUUCCUUCUUCUUCUUCCUGUUUGGUUUUUCUGCAGUUAAACAAACAAACAAUACUACUAUUUUAGUGGGGCUUAACUUAACUUAACUUAACUUAAGCAAUCUGUCUGAAGACUGUAGCUUUAGCUACUUAAUUAUUUAUUUACCCUUUUCAAACUAAAUUAUUUUGUUGCUCUACAGAGGUUUAUUUAGGGCUUUGUUUUAGUUCUCUCAUUGGACUCUUUCAACUGGGCAAGCUUUUAUCAGAUUCUUUUUAGAUUGUCUACUUCAGCAAGACUUUGCCUUUGGCAAUCGGUACCUUAUUCCAUUUGGCAGUUAAGCUCCAAAUAAGAGUGAAAAGCCAAGCGUUUGUUGAACCGAAUGGUGCCCAGAGAAUGGCUUGGAGGUCUUUUACUCCUAGUUGGCAUGGUCAGCAAUGCAAUAGGUGCAUUUAUUGGGAUAAACAUUGGAAUGGAUGUUUCUAACAUGCCACCAGCUUCGGAUGUGGUUGCCAUUCUCAAAGCCAAUCAAAUUACUCAUGUGCGUCUAUAUGACGCUGAUGCUCACAUGUUAAAAGCCCUUGCAAACAGUGGAAUUGAAGUAAUGGUCGGUGUCACAAAUGAGGAAGUCCUCGGGAUUGGGCAAUCUCCGGCAACAGCUGCAACAUGGGUUAAUAAAAAUAUUGCAUCAUACUUACCUUCAACCAACAUUACAGCCAUUGCUGUCGGGAGUGAGGUCCUUACUACAAUCCCGAAUGCUGCCCCUAUUCUAGUUCCUGCCAUGAACUACCUUCAUAAAGCACUAGUUGCUUCAAACUUAAAUUAUCAGGUCAAAGUUUCAACUCCCCAGUCGAUGGACGUUAUCCCUAGACCUUUCCCCCCAUCAACAGCUGCUUUCAAUUCGACAUGGAAUUCUACAAUUUACCAGGUCCUUCAAUUUUUGAAGAAUACCAACUCAUAUUACAUGCUAAAUGCAUAUCCUUAUUUUGGAUACACAACUGGAAAUGGAAUCUUUCCACUAGAUUAUGCUCUUUUUCGACCACUUUCUUCAGUUAAACAGAUUGUUGACCCCAACACACUUUCCCAUUAUGACAGCAUGUUUGAUGCUAUGGUGGAUGCUACCUAUUAUGCUAUAGAUGCUUUCAAUAGUUCUGGAAUCCCUAUUGUUGUUACAGAAACUGGCUGGCCUUGGCUUGGUGGAGCUAAUGAACCCGAUGCCACGGCUGACAAUGCUGAGACUUUCAAUAACAAUUUGAUCCGGCGUGUUCUUAAUGAUUCAGGCCCACCUAGUCAGCCAACCAUCCCCGUUAACACAUACAUAUAUGAGUUGUUCAAUGAAGAUAAGAGGCCAGGGCCUAUCUCCGAGAAAAACUGGGGCAUAUUUUUCACUAAUGGUACUGCAGUUUAUACUCUUAGCUUGAGUGGUUCUAAUCGAAUUACCGGAAAUUCUUCUGUGUUUUGUGUUGCUAAACAAAAUACAGAUUCCAAAAAGUUGCAAGAAGGGCUGAAUUGGGCUUGCGGACAAGGUGGGGCUAACUGCAGUGCUAUUCAGGAAGGGCAUCCAUGUUAUGUUCCUAAUACCCUCCAAAACCAUGCUUCUUAUGCAUUUAAUGAUUAUUAUCAAAAAAUGCAAAGCACUGGCGGGACAUGCGAUUUUGAUGGUGCUGCAACAACAACAACAAUCAAUCCCAGUUAUGGAUCCUGCAUCUUUACAGGAAGUUCAAAUUCGAGCACACCCGGAGGAAACUUCCCACCAGUAGCAUUCGGACCUAUAAGUCCACCAGGAGGGAGUCCGGGUAUGAGCUUCCGAGCUUCAAAAAUACAAUCUCUAUUGUCAACAGCAUUUCUUGCUCUCUUAUUGCUUUGACCGAAAACGUCCGUUCAGUUUUGCAUCUCGAUACAAGUGCAGAAGAUGCCUCAAAUGUUGAUUAGUUACAACCUCCAUUUCUAGAAUACAGAAUAGUUCAGAUGUUUGUCAAUUUUGCUUCUGAUACAAGUCUUCUAUUCUGUUCUUGUCAUUAUUUGUAGUCCCUUGUGUUUCACCUCAGCUUUUUGUGGUGUGGGGUGUGAUCUUAGGGUUCAGUGGAAUGUGUAAAUUCUUGCUAGACCUUUGGAUUUUGAGGAUAGUUUUGGAUUUAAAACUGGUUUAGACCUUAGAUUCUGUUGCAAGGUUAGUCCGUCUGCAUGUAUAAUAAAAUUGUUGACUUUUUGUGUAUGGUUACUAAAACCAUGUUGUUGUAAUGUAAUGGGAGUAUUAUUUUUAUGGUAGAGGUUGGAAUUUGUAA